AUGGUAAAGGUUCAGGAACUGCUCUCUUUCAAGGGAACUUGUGAAAAGAUGGCUGAUACGGUGACCGGCAUUCAAGCCUCUAUCGCUUUCCUUUCUGAAAAGUAUGAUUCUAUGCUCUCCACUGUGACUACUUAUCAAACCGAAGUGUCUCAGCUACGGGCUCAAGUGGAGUCACUUUCCGGUACAGUCGCCCGUCAGGCUGAAAUCCUAGACGAAACAACGAUGCAAUUAAACGAACUUGAUCAAUAUGGCAGACGUUGCAAUUUCGAAAUCCAUGGCCUCCCUUUGAAGCCUGGUGAAGACUUGAAGUCCUUCAUGUGCGACUUAGCUGGACAACUGCGCCUAAGUAACUUCCAGGAAGAUGAAAUUUGCAGGAUACACCGUUUACCGACCGGGAAUAAAUCUAGCUCUAGCCCUCCUAUCCUUGUGCAAGUACAGAACGCUUCAGUGAAAGAAAAAUGGUUUCGUGCUCGGAAGUGUCUCUCGGAUCUUGCUCGGCCGGAGAAGUUUCCUCGUCUGUUCUUCAACGAAAACUUGACGCGGUUGAACCGGGAGCUUUUCCGGUUGGCCCGCUCCAAAGGAAAGGAAAAUGGAUAUAAGUUCGUGUGGACGAAGAACGGAAAGGUUCUAGCAAGAAAAUCUGAGGGAGCACCUUUCAUUCGAGUUGAGAAAUUCUCGGAUUUGGAUAGGAUUGCCUAG